CAGCGCAAUUCGAAAUGCCUCAGUGUCAAACGGAGUGCUGUGGAGAGAACUUUAACUUCAUACUCCCGGCGUACACAAAAACACGUGGACACAAUAAUCGUUUAGUUCACAACUGAAACGUUCAUUUAAUUUUACAAAAAUAAAAUGUCUUUUAACGGCACGUGACAAUAUCUCGAAUUUUGUGUGUGGUGUGCCAGAUUUUAUAGUGUAGUUUUAUUUUAUAUUUCAUAAAUCAUUUUGUGCAAUAAGUGUCAACUCUCAAGAUGUCGAAUACGGAAGACCAGGAUGUGUCCGGUAUCGAGAUGGGUACUCUGGACAAAAGGAAUCGUUUUCAAGUGAACAAAGUGAGUACUGGUGAGAGGAAUAAUGGAACAGCUAAAAACAGUGGAAGUGUGGAACGCGUGCAAAGGAUGAGCCAAGUCGGGAAAAGCAGUUUUCGAGAUACAGAUAAACCUUCGCGGUUCAAGGACGUGCACGCUGCAACUAGGUUCCAGGUUUCACCUGAAAAUGACAAUGAUAGUGAUGAUAGUGAGGAUGAGGAAGGAAAUUUACUUGGUACAGGUGCUACUGAUACUGCCGCCAGUUAUGACACAAAAUACACCAAGAGCUUCAGGCACUUCACUCGCGAAGCUUUGCCGAGACUGGACAACUACCGUAACAUAAUGUCAAUUCAGGCUGCGUACCGGCCGACGCUGGAUGAAUUGCACAAUGCAACGCUCACCCAAGGGUCGCCGCCGCUUGGACAAACCCCCGAAAAGCCAGCUGCCGCUCAGCCGGCUGCCGUGAAAUUCGGAUGGAUCCAAGGAGUCCUAAUGCGAUGUCUUCUCAACAUCUGGGGUGUAAUGUUGUUCCUUCGGCUUUCAUGGGUCGUCGGACAAGCUGGUGUGGGCCAGGCAAUGCUUCUAAUUCUAACGACUACUGUUGUGACAACUAUCACUGCAUUGUCUAUGUCUGCUAUCAGUACCAACGGAGUCAUAAAAGGAGGAGGAACAUACUACAUGAUAUCCAGGUCUCUAGGCCCUGAAUUUGGGGGUUCCAUCGGUCUAAUUUUCUCUAUGGCAAAUGCAGUAGCCUGCGCUAUGUAUGUCGUGGGUUUCUGUGAAAGUGUUACUGAUCUUUUAAAGGCUUUGGGAACAAGUAUUGUAGAUGGAGGUGUUCAGGAUGUACGAAUUAUUGGCAGUAUUACUGUGGUAGUCCUAACAGUCAUCGUGGUUGUCGGGAUGGAAUGGGAAGCAAAGGCUCAAGUCGGUCUUCUCGUCAUCCUGCUGGUUGCUAUCGGUGACUUUAUGAUUGGAACUUUGGUUGGUCCAAAAAGUGAUUCUGAAGUUGCCAAGGGAUUUCUUGGAUACAAUGCCACUUUGCUGGAACAAAAUAUGAAGGCAGAUUAUCGACCGUUUGAAGGUGUAGAACAUAACUUUUUCUCAGUUUUUGCCAUUUUCUUCCCAGCAGCAACAGGAAUAUUAGCUGGAGCAAAUAUUUCUGGUGAUCUUAGGGAUCCGCAAAAAUCGAUUCCAAAAGGCACAUUGUUGGCCAUAUUCUUGACAACUUUGUCGUAUUUAAUUAUGGCAGUGAUGGUCGGCGCCAGCGUUGCAAGGGACGCCACUGGUUCUCUGGAAGAUUUGGCCAAUGGAACAUUUUUGGAUUGUGCUAAUCGUACUUGCGAAUAUGGUCUCCAGCAUAGUUUCCAGGUUAUAGAGUUAGUAUCAGGUUUCGGUCCUCUCAUUUACGCCGGAUGCUUCGCAGCCACACUCUCCUCGGCGCUCGCCUCUUUGGUCUCGGCCCCGAAAGUUUUUCAGGCUUUGUGCAAAGAUAGACUUUAUCCGAGAAUUGAAUGGUUUGCCAAAGGAUAUGGCAAAAAUAAUGAACCAGUCCGAGGAUAUGUCCUUACUUUCUUUAUAGCUAUUUCCUUUAUUUUAGUAGGUGAAUUGAAUUUGAUAGCUCCACUGAUCUCAAACUUCUUUUUGGCGGCUUAUACUUUAAUCAACUUCAGUACCUUCCAUGCAAGUUUAGCUCGUCCUGUCGGAUGGAGACCUACAUUCAGAUACUAUAACAUGUGGUUGUCUCUGGCCGGAGCAAUCGUCUGUGUCGCUGUGAUGUUCUUGAUUUCAUGGAUUACUGCCCUUUUGACAUUGUCUGUUGUUUUGGCACUUUAUCUAAUAGUCAGCUACCGUAAACCAGAUGUAAACUGGGGUUCUACAACUCAAGCCCAAACCUACAAAAACGCUCUGACAUCUGUGCAACAACUGAAUAAUGUUGAAGAACACGUAAAGAAUUAUCGUCCGCAAAUUUUAGUAUUAUCUGGAAUGCCUGGAGCAAGACCACCUCUAAUCGACUUUUCCUAUUUGCUUACAAAGAACUUAUCACUACUUGUUUGUGGUCACAUUUUAAAGGGUCCAAUAACGCAGCGCGUUCGUAAUGCCCUGACCAGCAAAGCUCAUAAUUAUUUGCGUACACAUAAAAUAAAAGGAUUUUAUACCCAAGUUGAUGAAACCAAUUUUGAAUUGGGAGCCAAGGCUCUUUUGCAAGCUAGUGGUAUCGGAAAACUUAAACCUAACAUUUUGUUGAUGGGUUACAAAGGAGAUUGGCUGAAAUGUCCAAAAGAAGAGCUCAACAUGUACUUUGAUGUCAUGCAUAAAGCUUUGGAUAUGUACAUGGCGGUAGCGAUAUUGCGCGUUCAGGAAGGUUUGGAUUACUCCAAAAUUUUAGGCAGCGAUGGGGUAUCCGACACCACAAGUACAACACCAAGGGAUGCCAGUUUUGGUGACUUGACUCGUGCUGCCAAUGAAACAAAUGGUGAAAUGAACGACAGUGUCAAAAAUUAUAGCCAACAAGUCUCACAGGCGGACGAUCUAUGUAAUUACCUAAAAACAGGUACACGUCAGGCGGAAAAUAAACUAGUUACUAGACUAAAACCUGCGAGCAGUCUCAGCGAUUUAUCAACUCCGGCAACACCUCUGAGUCAACCUAGAUCCGGUGUCAAUUCUUCACCAGAUCCUGAUGAUCCUAUGUCAAAGACGACAAUGCAAUCUUCAAGCAGUCAAUCUGAUGAUAAAGACAGCAAAAAAGAAAGCCGAAGCAAAAGAGAGAAAUUGGAUUAUGCACAUUUGUACAAGGGUCCAAAUGGAGAAGAUUUGCCUAAAGACGUCAUAAAUCAGUUGACGUUGUUUACGCGGAAACAGAAGAGCGGAACUAUUGAUGUUUGGUGGUUGUACGAUGAUGGAGGUUUGACUUUACUGCUACCAUACAUCAUCAGUACCAGAAGAACUUGGAUGAACUGCAGAUUGCGAGUUUUUGCGUUAGCUAACAAGCAAGCAGAAUUAGAGUUCGAGCAACGUAGCAUGGCAUCACUUUUGGCUAAAUUCAGGAUAGAUUACAGUGAUCUUUUACUUAUGCCAGAUAUUACUAAGAAGCCUGGAGAGGCAGCUACCAAUUUCUUCGAACAGUUGAUCUCUGGGUUGACUGUACCUGUCAACAAAGAUGACCCUGACAGUGCUCCUAUUCCUGAAAGCGACUUGACUUCGAUGAAAGACAAAACCAAUCGCCAUUUACGUUUGCGAGAACUCCUUUUGGAACACUCAAUGCAGAGCAACCUGGUUGUAAUGACUCUUCCAAUGCCCAGAAAGAACAUUAUGACUGCCCCUCUUUACAUGGCCUGGUUGGAAGCCUUGACCAAGGAUAUGCCUCCUUUCCUGCUCGUCCGAGGGAAUCAAACCAGCGUCCUCACAUUCUACUCGUAAUUCCUAUUAGUUUGUAUGAUAAAUUUUAUUUUUAUUAUGAAUGUGUAAAGCUGGUGAAUAAUUCUGUCUGGAUGAUUUAUUUUAUUUUUCAUAUAUGAAUGUUGUUUUAACUGCGAUCCAGAACUUGAAUUGUAUUUUAAUCUUGUUCUUUUUAUUAAUUGUUAUGGCAUUCCGGGGUUUCUUCAUAAUGGGUAUAUUUUUUAAGAUAUUUUAAUAUAUUUUAAUAUUUUGUUCAUGAAUCUCAUUACAUUAUGAAAAUAAUAUUCAGUUUUUAGAAGUUUUUCUAAAAUUUUAUAUGUACAAAUUCGUUUUAUAAGCUUCAAUCGAAGAGAGUAAUUUUAUUUUAAUUGUAAGAUAGAAU